UCGUCUCAAACAGAGCGUCACGUGUCGGCUUAUUAACUCCUAUCGUGCCCAAGCUUUGUCGGAACCUGCCACACUGCACGCGCCACACCUCCCGCCAUCAGGUACCACUGUCGUGACGCAGCGAGGGCUCCGCAGUGCUUCUCUUCCCUUCUCUCGACAUCUCCCAGUGUUUCCUGUUCGACUUUGGACACUGGACUUCAUUCUUGCUUUGUUGCAGGAGUAUUAUUCAGAAAUUUCAUCUUUGCUCGCCAUUUUUUUGCUGUCCCCAAAGAAAGAACUCGUCGACUCGAGCUUCAGCUGCUGCUGAAUCGACCGCCACCUUGCAACAAUGGCUUCCAUAUCUGUUGUCGUGAAGCAUCAGGGCAAGAAAUAUGAAGUAGAGGUCGAUCCCGAAUCGACAGGCUUGGACUUCAAGCUCCAGCUCUUCAGCCUUACCAACGUCGAACCCGAACGCCAGAAGAUCCUCAUCAAGGGUGGCCAGCUCAAAGAUGAAGCUGAUAUGAGCAAGAUGAAUCUCAAGGCCGGCCAAAGCAUCAUGAUGAUGGGCACGCCAGGAGGUGGCGCUGGAGACCUGGUCCGCCCGGCAGAGAAGAUCAAGUUUGUCGAGGACAUGACCGAGGCCGAGCAAGCCCAGCAAGCUGGCGCCACCCCUGCGGGCCUCAUCAAUCUUGGAAACACAUGUUAUCUAAACUCGACUCUACAGACGCUGCGUUCCAUCCCCGAACUUCAGACGGCCCUGACAACAUACAGCCCGGCGGGCAUGGCGCAGGCGGAUUUGGCUGCCCAGCUCUCCAAUCUAUACAAGAACAUGGGUAACACGCAAGACUCUAUCCAACCUUUGAGCUUCCUCUCGGCAUUGAGGCUCGUGUUCCCCCAAUUUGCCGAAAAGUCCAAGAGCGGCCCUGGAUAUGCCCAGCAAGAUGCUGAAGAGGCCUGGUCUCAGAUCGUUCAGCAACUGGGUCAAAAAGUCACAAUCAAGACGACCCCCGAUACACCCAGCAUUUCUUUCGUCGAAAAGUACAUGGCGGGAGAAUUCUCCUCAGUCCUUGAGUGCGAUGAGGAGGAGGCCCGAAAUGGUGGCGAACAGGCAAUUGCCUCUAGAGAUGCCUUUUACAAGCUCGACUGCCACAUUGACGCUCAAACAAACCACUUGAGAGAUGGCAUCUUGGCCGCAUUGAGUGAGAAGCUGGAGAAGAGAUCAGAGGUGCUCGGCCGAGAUGCCACUUAUACCAAAAAGUCCAAGAUCUCCCGAGCUCCCAAGUACCUCACUGUCCACUUUGUACGCUUCUUCUGGAAAAAGGAAACAAAGAAGAAGGCCAAGAUCAUGCGCAAGGUUACAUUCCCCCAAGAACUGGAUAUAGUCGAAUUCUGCUCAGACGAGCUCAAGGAGGCCCUGAUACCCGUCCGAGACAAGGUCCGUGAAGUUCGGAAAGAGGAAGAGGACAUUGAACGUGCCCGUAAGCGCCGGAAGAAGACCCACGACAAGGACAUGAGUGACGUCCCUGGCGGCGCGGGCCUGCCUUCGGAGAGGGAGCUGAAGCAGCAGAAGGAGAAGGAGGCAAGCAAACCAGGCCAGUCGCAGAAGACGGAUGAUGCCGACACUGUCAUGGGCGAGACUUUCAAGACGGAUGCCGAAGUUGAGGCGGAGAGCGAAGCUGCUCUUCUUUCCGCCAAGAAGGAGCUCAAUGCCCUGAUAAAUCCCGCUCUGCGUGAUGAUGACGGUGCCAACCAGUCAGGUCUCUACGAGCUCCGUGGCGUCGUCACCCAUCAGGGUGCCAGUGCCGACAGCGGCCACUACACAGCAUACGUCAAGAAGACGGGAACUGUGGAUCCAAAGACGGGCAAGAAGGAAAAGGAAGAUGGCAAUUGGUGGUGGUUUAACGAUGACAAGGUAUCUGAGGUGACGGUUGACAAGGUUGAAGCGUUGGCUGGCGGUGGCGAGUCCCACUCAGCCUUGAUCCUCCUCUACAAGGCGAUCCCUCUGCCUAGUGCCGAGGGUGUUGAGGAGUAAGUCGGCUAAACCUCCCGUAUACCGUUCUCCUCCGUUCUUGUUUUGUCACAGACGGGCAGGAAGACAAGGGAUUUGCAGAAUUGGGCGUUUGGGUCAGUUAUUACCACUUGGCGGAGAUGGGGCGAAGGAAGGUCGGAUUCUGUCUAUAGAACUGGUGAACUUUCUGGUCAAAGACACAUACCAUAAUGUAUAGAACAGAAUGCUCCAUGGACCAGAAAA